ACAGCAGGAAAAUAUUGACUUAUUAGUGGAGAAUUAAAUCAAAACAUGAGUAUGAAUUUAUGUUCUUCCUUUUUCUUCAUGUUCUUCAUUGCGACCCCUUUUACCUGCAUCAUCCAUGUUUGCUCAGCAGAUUGUGAUAAUCUACAAGAUACAUGCCCGACAUCUUUGCCAGAAAAGGAAACCAUAUUCAUCAAUGGCCUACCCUGCAAGAGUAAAGACAACAACACUGCUCAGGAUUUCAAGACCGCAGAACUGACAAGGGCUGGUCCUAGAGACAAUUUCUUCGGCUCCUCAAUGAACAUAGUUAGUGCUUCCAAGUUCCCCGGCCUUAACACGCUUGGCAUCUCGAUUAGUAGAAUUGACAUUGAAGUGGACGGGAUGGUAAACCUCCACAAUCAUCCAAGAGCCACCGAGAUGAUCUAUGUCAACCAAGGGGUGCUGGCAGCAGCAUUUCUUGAUACGCAAAACCAGUUUUUCCAAAAGUCUCUGAGAGCAGGCGAUGUGUUUGUGAUCCCUAAAGGAUUGUUCCACUUCUUUCUGAAUCGCGGUUCAGCUGCGGCAGUUAUCUUCUCUGUUUUCAAUAGCCAGAAUCCAGGGUUGGGCUCCCUCAGUGCUUCUACACCUUCUGAGACCACAUUGGAGUCGGUAGAGAACCUAAAGCGGAAACUCAUAACCUCAUUUUCUGACUUAGAACUUCAUCAUGGCACUACUGAUUUGGCCUCACAAAUACUAGAGAUCAUAUACAGUUAGCCAUUGAAUGAAUGUUACAUCAUGAACCAUGAAUUUUUCACAAACAGUUCAAUUUCUUGCACUCUAGUCAUUUAUAUUGAUGGUUUGAUAUGCUUGUUGUGGUCUUGUGUGCAUUAUGAGCUCACAUUUGUAUUCCAUCAUUAAAGUAAGAGACCUUUACAAAGAAACUGUUACAUGUCAAAGCAAGAUUUG